AUGUUCGUCGCGUAUUUAGUGCAAAAGCUCAACGGGAAACGAGAGAAACCAGUUGAGGAGUUCGAGGAUGAGGAAAGCGAUGAUGAUGAUGAGCAAGAGAAGGUUGAUCCAAAGCUGAAGCGCCAAUUUGAAAGUGCUGCUUCCCAUUUCGCAACUAUUGUUUCGAAAGUUCCAAAGGAAGUGGCUCUUGAACUUUAUGGAAUUUACAAACGCGCUACCAGCGGACCAGCUGAUCCAAACUCUAAGCCAAACUGGUAUGAGCAAGCAGCGCGACUGAAAUAUGAUGCUUGGACAAAACAUUCGCAUUUGACCCGUGAAGAUGCCCUUAAAAAGUACUGCGAUAUUCUGAAAGGAAUCGAUCCGAGUUGGGAUCCGUCGCAAGCGGCAGCUAGCGGUACUUGGGGUAAUCGGCCAAGCCGCAUGGCUGAUAUUGAGCCGGAACUUCUCGGAGAUAUGUUCAUUGUCGAGAAUGUUAAAAUGGAGACACCAAUCCAAAAGGAAUGGUUCGCUGCAAUGCGUAAUGACGAUGUUGCGACCAUGAAGAAGCUUCUCAAGAAAGAUCCUGACCUUCUUGAGGCCAAAGAUCAACAUCUUGCCAUGACGGCUCUGACUCGUGCUAUUGACCAAGGAUGCGAAAAAGUGGCUCAAUUUCUGAUCGCCAGUGGAGCUGAUGUGAACGUAGUUGAUCAACAAGGCCAGACGCCACUCCAUUUCGCGGCACAAUGUCACCGAAUGCGCUUAAGCGAGCAGCUGAUGGCUGCAGGUGCAAAUAAAAAUGCACGCGAUGUUGAUGGAAAAACUCCAGCCGAAUGCUGCGACGAUCCGGCUCUUCGUUCUCUUCUCCGAUCCUAUUAA